AUACAAACUGACGAAAUAAAAUAUAAGAUGUUAAUUUACGAUACAUUUAACGCUGUGAAAAAACUAAGCACGGAUUGAAUUCGUCGCUAUUUCACACAUUAUUCCGGGUGAUGGGGAAGAAUAUUGUCUCGAUUAUUUGUGCCUGUUUUCUUCUGUUGGAAACUGUUCUUGGAGGGUGCCCGUCUGCCUGUCUGUGUACAUUUGGGGAUACAGUUGUACAAUGUUCGGGGGGAUUAUCAUCGAUCCCCCGGGGAAUCCCCACCACCGUGAAGGUCUUGCAUUUGUCUGGAACAGCCACACAGACAAAUUCUAUCACUCGCAUUACAAAGAAUGACUUGGCGGGCUUCCCCUUAUUGCAACGCCUGUUUUUGUCGUUUUCUGGGAUUGAGUCAGUCGAAGAUGGAUCUUUUGAAAGUCUCACGAAUUUAAGAACUUUGGAUCUAUCUCAUAACAAACUAAAAUCAGUAAGUGCACCGACAUUUCGAGGAAUAUCAAAAUUAACAAAACUUGAACUAACAGGAAAUGAAAAUUGCAUCAUACAAGAAAAUGCCUUCCAGUCUCUUCCAAAUCUUCUUGAGCUAUUCCUUGGAGAAAUGAAAUUGAGCGACAUUCAGCCAUAUUUACUAUAUUAUUCUCAAAAACUGGUUCAUUUGGAUUUACAUGGUAACGAACUUGUAGAACUAGAGUCGGAUGUUUUCAAGAAUCUCGCAUCUUUAGGGAGCUUAGAUUUGGCGGGAAACCGCAUGAUUACCCUUCCUUCUUUUACUUAUCAACAGAUGACACAUAUAAAAAGUCUCUAUAUGGGUGGAAAUGCAUGGCAUUGCAACUGCGAAAUGAAUGCUCUGAAAAAGUGGACAAAUUUAAAAGAACCAGUCAUUUGCAAUGCACCAAAGAAGCUCGAAAACCGGAACUUGAUGAUUAUUCCAGACAAUGAAAUGCCCUGCAUCCCCCCUUACAAUGCUACGUGUGACAAGAAAAUUGUUAUCGUGAAUGAAACAAAUCCCAUUCGCGUAAACUGUCGCUUUUAUGGUGGAGAUCCGCGCCCAUACCCGAUGUGGACCAAACCAAACGGGGAAGAACUACUUGUUAAGAACUCAACGAAUUCUUCUCAUGUAGUACUUGCGGACGGAACUCUUAUAAUUCCUGCUUCUGUGGAAAGCGAUACAGGAGACUGGACUCUAACGGUAACAAACACACACGGUGACGACAUCACGGUGGUUGUUCAUAUUGAGGUGAAAAUUAUUACUACCACCACAACCACCACUUCUACCACCACCACUACCACUACUACCACUCCAACUACCACAUCUACCACUUCUACCACCACCACUACUCCGACAACCACUACCACUUCUACAACUACCACUACAACACCGCCACUAACGACGACAACCACUUUAAAAACAACCACCACUGAACCAAAGUCAACCACAACCGAUGAUUCGUCGAAGAAUACUGUCGACUCGAACGGAAACUUACAGAGAAUUGGAAUAAUUCUAACUAUAGUCGGAGGCAGCUCGCUGCUCAUAACGUCCAUCUGUAUUGCUAUUAUGUACUUUGCAUUUUGUAAGCACACUCCGGCACAAGACUACUCCGGGCCGAUCAAGAAUAACAAAGUAGGACGGAGACCAAGUUAUGACGUCAGGAGAGCAGAACGAAAUAACAACGCCUUUACCAUUAUCGAAACGCUCUCAGAGCUGUGA